GAUCCGACUGCCGAUGCCGAGAUCGAUCGAGAGUUAUGAUUGAAGUUACUUGGUACUGGUGAAAGGUUUCUCUCUGUAAGAACUGGGUGAGGGUUCACUAUAUGUAGUCCAUCAUGGGGAUUUUAAUAUCUACAGCAUUGGUCCUUGUCUUCUUGUACUUCUUCCUCUUCAAAGUAUUGAAGCUGCUUGAUCAGCCUGCUGCUGCCACCCUGCACUACAGGGAUAGCAAGUACAACCGCAGCAUCAUCUCAUUGUGUUCCAUCCUCACAAAACCAUAUGUGCCUAACCGUUUGUGGGGUCACAAUGCACACAUUCAGAGCUUCAUCUAUGCUAAAAUCGGUCGAUUCAAUGCACCGUAUCCGAAGGGGAAGCGUAUCAAUAUACCUCGGCCAGAUGGGGCUACCUUUACUUUUGAUAUUUUUGAGCCAUCUAAUCCCCAUCCUCAAGGUGCUGAUGUCACGCUGUGUGUAUGUCCUGGUAUAGCCAACCAUUCUGAGAAGGCCUACGUGCGUACCUUCAUCCAUUACGCCAUGUCACAGGGCUUCCGUGUGGCCGUCCUCAACCACCUAGGUGCCCUUCCUUCAGUUCCACUCACCUCACCAAGAAUUUUCACAUAUGGAGAGACUGGGGAAUAUGCUGCCAUGGUAGACUACGUCAAGGAACACUUUACAUCCAGUAAAUUUGUAUCAAUAGGAUUCAGCAUGGGAGCUAAUAUUGUCAUCAAGUACAUGGGAGAAGAACCUUCAAGGCAACAGGACUUCAUGUGUUGUAUCUCAAUUUGUCAGGGAUAUGAUGUCACUUUAGCUGCAAAAGUUUUACAUGAGUGGGAUAGCAUGCGCCGCUUUUACAAUUUUAUGAUGACCCUGAACAUGCGACGUCAGCUGCGCCAAAAUUUUGAUAUGCUCUUUGGUGAAGGUGCCCAGACAUACUGGAAGAAUCGCAGUGAAGCUCCCCCAUGCUAUGAUGUCAAGAAGGUGUUCCGUUCCACCAGUUUGGUUCACUUGGAUGAAGAGAUGACGAGGAAAAUGUGUCGCUAUAACAGUCUUUCAGAUUUCUAUGAAUCGUGUAGUUCUUCCCCACACAUGUUUAAGAUUAAAAUCCCCCUGCUGCUGCUGAAUGCUAAUGAUGAUGCCCUCAUCCCAGUAUCUCAGAAUUGGACCCCCAUGGAGUUCAGCCAGAAGUCUAACUGUGCCAUCUAUGCCGUGACCAAGCAUGGCGGCCAUCUUGGAUUCUUUGAAGGGGGCUUCUUGAAGGCCAACACUGUGUCGUGGCUGGACCGCAUGCUGAUACAGUACGUCGAUGGGACCCUGGAACUCAACAAGACCUUACAUAGCAACGGAGAGGUCCACUGCAAUGGGGAAGUAACCAGUUAACGUUUCCUUCUUCUGAAGUGUGAUUGUACUAGUUAUAUGAAAGUGUGUUUGUUGUGCACAAAUCAAAUUGUAUGAAAAGUAAUAUUAUAUCCAAGAAUCCUCUUUUCCUUUUUUUCUUUUUUUUUUUGUUGUUACUUUGAAUAUAAUUAUACUAUUUAUGGGGUCAGUGGGAUUAUGGGUCAAUAUUGACAUGCCUACUGAAGCUGACACUUCAAGAGAGCUUCUACUUCAAGUCAAAGAAUAUUGCAGAAAAUGUAAGAUACUUACUCUUGACCUUAAGAACAAAUGUCAACAUAUAUGAACUGAUUGGUUUUCAUAGCCAAAUUAAAAAAAAAAAUUAUUGGCAGGGCAAUGUGCCCUGUAUUAUCCAUGACUGCACAGAAGUUAGUUCAGCAGAUGUAUCUACUGACUACCACAAGCUCUUGGAUAAGUCACAAGCCAAAGUUUGCAUAAUUCAUAGCUUUGACGACCGAAGUAAUGCAUCUUAUGAGUAUUGAUGUAGAUUGACUGACCAACCAUGAAUAUUGAUAUCCUUAUAUCCAUAAUGAUCAGGGUUUCAUUAGAAGACCAAGUUUAUUUGUUUCUGGAUGGAAACUUUACUCCACAAUAUGUGUGUAUAGUAAAAAAAUAUAUUUGACAGAGCUUUAUGAAUGUGAUUUUUUGUAUGCCGGUAUAUAAUUUUCUGUCAUCCCAGUAAUGUAUGGUGAAUGGUUUAAGGAAAACUUGACUAUUGUGAAAGUAGUCAGAAUACCUCACUUUACUCUGUUCUGUAUAUCUGAUUAAUAAUUCUUCUAUUUGUAUUGAAAUGCAUUUGAUAUUCUCUCUCAAAAGGAAGCUCUCCUAAAAUACUAUGUGGUAAUACUUGACCUGCAUGCUUUCAUUGCUCAAGUGAUUCCACUAAUAUUGAUCAUGUAGUUUUUACAAGAAUAUACAAUGUAUAGGCACGUAGUCACUUCAAGGAAUAUAUAGUUUGAUUUGUAUAAGAUAACAAAAUGUUGGUGACGGAUAAUGCAUUAUUGGUUGCCUAUAAAUGCUAUCUUUUGUGCACUAUAUAUAUAUAAAGAUAGGUUAUAUGUACAUGUAGGUACAUUUGAGUUUAUGAUUCAACCACAUUUUUUCCUAUAUGAGGCAUGUACUUAGAGGAUUGGAGGUAGGAAGAGAAGGAAUACUUCCAUGGAAUAAUUUGAUUGAUACCAUGAAGAAACAGCUGAAGGAGAGAGAUGUGUGAAUCACCCGAGUAGUGUUUCAUAAAGCAGUUUGAAUAGAUACGUACAACUUUACGCAUGACUAGAACAUGUUCUCAAGUGUGAAUUCAGUUACAUCGGGGUAUUAAGCAGGGAUCUCCAGUCAUGCUUUUAGUUAUGAACAGCUUUGUGAAACCGCCUCCAGGUCUACAUGGAGCAGCACAUGUGGAGAAGGCAUAUGUGAUAAAAGCAGACUUUGAAUGAAUCUAUCCAUUCAUUAACCAGCAGAAGUUAUUAUCACACAAAG